UUAUUCCACCCCUUCCGCUACUCAGGACUGACCUUCCUGUGGCCGGGCCGGGCUGAGGAGACCCUGAAGCGAUCAAAAGUUCUUUCCGACAGGCUCCCUCCGCUCGAGACACCAUGGUGGCAUACUGGCGACAGGCUGGACUCAGCUACAUCCGGUUCUCCCAGAUCUGUGCAAAAGCAGUGAGGGAUGCCCUGAAGACCGAGUUCAAAGCGAACGCUGAGAAGACCGCCGGCAGCAGCAUAAAAACCGUGAAAGUGAAGAAGGAGUAGUUGAACCUGACUGAAGCAUGAACUGCUGAGUCUUCAAGGCAAAGGCAUGUGGGUACCCGUUACGGCAGAUGGAAAUCACCCUCACCUCCUGGGGACAAAACUACCUAUCCUGUUGAUAAAUUGACUAUGCCAAUAAAUUAACAUGGCUCACUCUC